CAUCGCGCACCGCUGGGUCGGGCACCACUCGGACCACCCCCUCCGGGUGGCAUCCCCUAGUACACUCUAAUCCACACCCCCUUAAACAUCUCCUCGUAAACAAUGCGUCUGUGCCUGAAGCUCUUAUUUCGGUACGUUCCCUCUUUUUGUUGACUGCUAACUCUUGAUCCAGAAGUGCAGGAUACUUCGCUGAUAUCUUUGGUGGCCAGCCGUUCGCUUUGAUUCCACUCCGCCCCUUACCCCUAUCCGAUUGAAGGAUAUAUCCUGUCACUUUGUUACUACAGCAUCCACCGUCCACUCAUGGUACGGACAUGGUCAAAAUGCCUUCGCGAAAAUCAGAAGUCGUCGAGGUCCCAUGGGUUCGUGACAAUGAGUCCGAACUUCGUCGUCGAAGCACCCCGCUGAUGCCCAUGAACCUGAACUCACUCAAUUCUAUUCCUCCUAUUCCAUCAAUCCACUCACCUCCCCCCACGCCCCUCAGUCCUCCUCCACGUACUGAUCGCCUGUCUCUACGGUUGACGAGCAACUCCGGCCUCAAAGGUCACACUAAUGAGGCUGCAUUGAGCCAAUAUACCGACUACAAGGUCCACCGGCCGUCAGUACUGAGUCCCAACCACAAUGAUGAGGAGAUUUCGUCAUCCAACUGGACGGAAUCGGUCAAUGCGUGGCGGAAUAGCAGCGCCUAUGCGGCUAAUGGGCUCACAUCGUAUCUGCCGUUGCUAGAUUUCCUGGGCAAGGAUGCUUUUCUGAUGGCUAUGGACAACCCGUCCGUAGUGCGUCACUUGGUACGGUAUUGUGAAGAUCACUGUGGCGUUGAGAAUAUCCAUUUCCUGCUCAAGAUUCGCGAAUAUACAAACUCGACGAACGACUUGGCAUCCGUCUUGACUUCUAUCUCGACCACAUUUUUCACCACACUAGGUGCAUCAGCUCCUCUGAACUUGCCACCCAUGGUUUCACGGCCCCUGAAUGCCGACGUGAAGCGUAUCGCCCACUCGGUUCUGCCUGGGUUGGAGUCCGUCUUUAUCGAAGCUAGGUCACACGUCGAGAGCCGAGUCGCGUCCGAUAUUUUUCCAGGCUUCGUCAAGAACCAGCUCGCGUACUGCACGGCUUCCGUACUCGCGAACGAGUGCUCCACGGUUACUAAUCGCACCUCUUCGAAACUGGAAUAUCCCGGUCUGGGCGAGAGCUUCUGCCUUAGCGACGCCUUAACGGCAGACAAUGCUAUCCUGGGCGCCUCAGAUGGGUUCAUCGCCCUAACCGGCCAUGCUCUGCCCGACAUCGUGGGGCAGAAGUGUAGUUUCCUGCAAGGUCCCUUUACCGACCCCGAGGGCAUCAGACGGAUACAGGUUGCAAUACGUGGCCGUCAAGAGGCAGUCGAGCUGAUUCUCAACCACCGACAAGACGGCGAAUCCUUUUGGAAUCUGCUUUUCCUCAUCCCGCUGAAGGAUGUCGUGCAGCAAGAGGUGCAGUACUGGCUUGGCGCCCAGGUCAAUGUUUCGGAGGGCAUGGGGAGCCGGAGAGAUAUGUUACGCAUUCUAAACGGCGGCGUUAUGCCGGAUGCGCCAGAGGGCGAAAUCCAGAGUAUAAGGGAACAGAGCGAGAUCGAUUCGGGCAGGGAGUCGCGCCUGUCUGAACGUGGAACGGCCAGUAGCAACGGCAGCAACGGGCAAAACCACAAGAGACAAAGCUCCAAGACAUUCAGCUCGCGCAACCGGCUUUUCCAGUCGUUCCGCAAGACGCAGCAGCAGUCUUUCCCGUCUGGUACUACUGUCCCCACGUCCCCAUUGUCGUACAUGCCAGGUUUUGACUCGCUGGCGACAGACUAUCAACCAAGAAAGUCACCAUGUAACACACGCUUCUCGACGCAGCGCUUCCUGUCCCGGAAGCAGCAGAUCCAAGUUUUUCCGACGGCAUACUCGCAUUAUCUCGUCUUGCGGUACAUGCGCCCGCACCAGCAAUCACAACCCCAGUACCAAACGGCUUCUCUGUCAUCACAGGGCCAGUCACAGUCACAAUCGCCGCUACCCUCCCCGCGGCCCCCACCACCCCCAAAAUCAGAAUCCUCCUCCUCCCUAGGCGCCACCACGGGCAUGCGCAAAAAGAACGGCCCGAAAAUGCCAAUAGCCUACUUCUCAGACUCAGCUCUGGACCUGCUCUCGCUUGAUAGAAGCAUCAUUCACACCGAUAUUUUCCACGCACUAGCCGAGUCAUCCUCUAUCACGAGACAAUUCAAGGCCACCGUGCGCGAGAAGAUGGACGCCGGGAAAUCGGUUAGUUUGGACUUGGUCGUGGAUAAUAAGAGUAGAUCGACCAUCACCACGAUCCGGGGACGGAGGAGGGGUAGUUCUGUCGGAUAUUCCGGAUCAAAGGGAAGGGCUGAUGCGGGAGAGGAUGAGGAGAGGAGGGUUUCGAGUAAGAAUACGGGGGAGAGGGGGGAUAGAGACAAGGAGAAGGACAAAGACCGUGAUAGAGAGAGAGUGGUGAGGCUGGGGAGUCAUUGGACGGCGUUAAGGGGCGGGGGUGGAGAGAUUGAGUGGGUUGUGCUGGUUUUGACGGAGAGGGUGUAGAGAGAGUGUGUCGUUGGGUGUGUGGUAGAAACAGGAUGGAUGUAUUCCAACCUGGUACAUGAGGCUGCACUGGUUUCAUGGUGAUGAUACAUUGGGAGAUGAAUCGUAAGAUAUUGCUUCAAAAGCAACGUUCGUUGAUAAUGAAACGCCCCGGAAGCCUGUAUAGUCCACUUUCGGGGAGCAACGAUGUGCUUGGACAUACUGAUGAUAAUAUUACAUAAGCGAGGCGAACUACAAGAUUCACAUAGCGUAACUCUAUCAAUAUAACAUCAUGGC